AUGAUCCUUUUCACCAAGGAGCCGUACUCCCAGGAUGCCCAGCACGGCCGCAGCGCCAUCCUCCGCUGCGAGGUGGAGGAGCCGGCGGAUGUGGAGUUUGAGUGGCUGCAGAAUGGACUCCCAGUUCAGGACACCGAGCAGCGCUUCAAGGAAGGCAGCAACCUCCAGUUUGCUGCUGUCGAUCGGCACCGGGAUGCUGGGGACUUCCAGUGUGUAGCGAGGAACUUGCUCACUGGGGAGGAGGCCCGCACAGCCAACGCAUCUUUCAAUAUCAAGUGGAUUGAGACAGGCAGCGUGGUGCUGAAGCAGCCGGCCAGCAUAGCCGAGAUCCAGCCCUCCUCCACAGUGGUCCUCCGGUGUCACAUCGAUGGCCACCCGCGCCCCACAUGGCAGUGGUUUCGGGACGGUGCCCCCCUCCCCGACGGCCGCAGCAGCUAUGCUGUCAGCAACAAGGAGCGAACGCUGACCCUGCAGAGCGCCAGCCCCGACGACAACGGUCUCUACUACUGCUGUGCUCGCAGUGCUGUUGGCUUUGUCUGCAGCCAGAACAACUUCACGCUGAAUAUCAUCGACGAGAGCUUUCCUCAGGCGGUGGUCGUCCCGCAGGACCUCAUUGUGACCAAGAACGAAGAGGCCAUGUUCGACUGCCAGUUUGCAGCUGUGCCUCCUCCCACGCAGGAGUGGCUCUUUGAAGACAGCCCCGUCACCAACAGAUCCAAGACCACCGUGUUCGCCAACGGUUCCCUGCUGAUCACCCAGGUGAGGGCUCGCAGCACCGGUGUCUAUAAGUGCGUUGGCCGUGGGCAGAGGGGGAAGGCUCUUGUGCUGAAGGCGACUCUGCGGCUAGCAGAGAUCGAAGAAAUGGCACCCUUCUCCCCGAAGGUGCUGACAGCGAACCAGGGGCACCGCGUGGCCUGCACUGUCCCGCGAGGCAUACCCACGCCCCAGGUCUGGUGGGAGAGGAACCAGGAGCGAGUUCCCACUGCUGGCAGGGUGCGCCAAGAAGCAGAGCAUCUUGUUUUCGCCAGUAUCACCGAGGCGGACGCGGGGACCUACACGUGCCAUGCUGCCAACAAGGCUGGAGAGAAGAAACAGGAGCUGAGCAUCACUGUGGCUACGGUACCCAAGUGGGUGGAGAUGCCCAAGGACAGCCAGCUGGAGGAGAGCAAGCCGGGAUAUCUGCACUGCCUUAGCAAGGCCUCCCUGAAACCCACCGUCACCUGGUACCGCAACGGCGUCUCCAUCUCUGAGGACUCACGGUUUGAGAUCUCUGAGAACGGGACACUGCGUAUCAACAACGUGGAGGUGUAUGAUGGGACCAUGUACAAGUGCGUGAGCAGCACGCCAGCAGGCAGCAUCGAGGGAUACGCUCGGGUGCACGUGCUAGAGAAGCUGAAGUUCACCCCGCCACCCCAGCCGCUGCAGUGCAUGGAGUUUGAUAAGGAGGUGACAGUGUCCUGCUCAGCCACGGGCCGGGAAAAACCCACCAUCCAGUGGACUAAAACAGAUGGGAGCAGCCUGCCAUCCCACGUCAGCCACAACGCCGGCAUCUUGUCCUUCCACAAGGUGAGCAGGAGUGACUCGGGGAACUACACGUGCAUCGCCUCCAACAGCCCGCAGGGCGAGAUCCGUGCCACCGUGCAGCUUGUGGUAGCAGUUUACGUCACCUUCAAGCUAGAGCCAGAGCCCACGACAGUGUAUCAGGGGCACACAGCCAUGUUCCAGUGCCAGGCAGAGGGGGACCCCGUGCCACACAUCCAGUGGAAAGGGAAGGACAAGAUUUUGGAUCCCGGCAAGCUCCUGCCCAGGAUUCAGAUCAUGCCCAAUGGCUCCCUGGUGAUUUACGACGUCACCACUGAGGACUCUGGAAAAUACACCUGUAUUGCCGGCAACAGCUGCAACAUCAAGCAUCGCGAGGCCUUCCUAUACGUCGUAGACAAACCGGCAGCGGAAGAGGAUGAGGGGCCUGGCAGCCACACGCCCUACAAGAUGAUCCAGACCAUUGGGCUUUCGGUGGGGGCAGCUGUUGCCUACAUCAUUAUUGUGCUGGGGCUGAUGUUCUACUGUAAGAAGCGGAGAAAAGCCAAGAGGCUGAAGAAGCACCCGGAGGGCGAGGAGCCCGAAAUGGAGUGUCUGAAUGGUGGUGCUUUGCUACAGAAUGGGCAGACAGCAGAGAUCCAGGAAGAAGUAGCCUUGACCAACCUGGGCAGCAGCUCUGGGGCCAGCAAGCGGCACAGUGCUGCCGACAAGAUGCACUUUCCGCGUUCCAACCUGCAGACAAUCACAACCCUGGGCAGGGGGGAGUUUGGUGAAGUGUUCCUGGCCAAGGCAAAAGGUGCAGAGGAUGGCGAGGGUGAAUCUCUGGUCCUGGUGAAGAGCCUGCAGACGAGGGAUGAGCAGCUGCAGCUGGACUUCCGGCGAGAGGCAGAGAUGUUUGGCAAGCUGAACCACUCCAACGUGGUGCGGCUGCUGGGGCUGUGCCGCGAGGCAGAGCCGCACUACAUGGUCCUGGAGUAUGUGGACUUGGGGGACCUGAAGCAGUUCCUGAGGAUCUCCAAGAGCAAAGAUGAGUCUCUGAAGCCGCAGCCCCUCACUACCAAACAUAAGGUGUCUCUCUGCACACAGGUGGCCCUGGGCAUGGAGCAUCUUUCCAAUGGCAGAUUUGUGCACCGCGACUUGGCAGCCAGGAACUGCCUGGUCAGUGCCCAGCGGCAGGUCAAGGUCUCGUCCCUGAGCCUCAGCAAGGAUGUGUACAACAGCGAGUACUACCACUUCCGCCAGGCCUGGAUCCCGCUGCGCUGGAUGCCGCCGGAGGCUGUGCUGGAGGACGAGUUCUCCACCAAGUCAGAUGUGUGGUCCUUUGGGGUGCUCAUGUGGGAGGUCUUCACGCACGGGGAGAUGCCCUACGCCCCACUGGCAGAUGAUGAGGUCCUAGCAGGUCUGCAGUCAGGAAAGACGAAGCUCCCGCACCCGGAGGGCUGCCCGUCCCGCCUCGCCAAGCUGAUGCAGCGCUGCUGGGCCCCCAGCCCUAAGGAUCGACCCUCCUUCAGCGAGCUCGCCACCGCUCUUGGGGACAGCCCGGCUGACAGCAAAGCCUGAGCAUCCCGGCCCUCGCUGGGUAA